AUGAUAAUCUCGUUAUUACAACGACAACAACAAUUAAAAAACAAAUCUCCACCUAAAUUUAAUAAAAACUUGUUGAAAAUUCCAUCAACUAAAUUACCAACUCCUUCGAUAACACCAAAAUCACCUUGUUUUGUUCAUUCUUAUUUAAAUGAUUCGUUACUUUCCACACCUUUAUCUGAAAUUAUUACUAGGUGUGAUAAUAACGAACCAACUGAUUAUUCUGAAUUGGCUGAAACUGCUGUUGGCACAGUAAUGAUUGUAACAAAACCAGGUGAUGAUAAACUAAUUGGCUUGACACGUGAAUUAGCAAUGCAUUUAAUUUCUACUCCAAGAUUUGGUAAAGACCAUGGUGUCACAGUAUAUGUUGAUAAAUCUUUAAAAGAUAUGAAAAAAUUUGAUUUCAAGGAAAUGCUAAAAACUUCUCAUUUGGCCAAAGAUUAUUUGAAAUUUUGGACAAAUGAAUUAUGUGCUACUAGGCCUGAAAUUUUUAACUUUGUAUUGACGUUAGGUGGUGAUGGCACAGUGUUGUAUACAUCUUGGUUAUUCCAAAAAGUUGUUCCUCCCGUUUUACCAUUUCAUUUGGGAUCUUUAGGAUUCUUAACAAAUUUCGAUUUUCAAGAUUAUAAAAACCAUUUAACAAAUGUUAUGGAAAAAGGAAUACGUGUAAACUUACGUAUGAGAUUCACUUGUACAAAAAGUAUUCAUGAACAUUCUUUAACAUUUCAACCAUCCGAAACCUUUGAAAUUUUAAACGAUUUGGUUGUAGAUCGUGGUGCUGGUCCUUAUAUGAGUUUAUUAGAAUUAUUUGGUGAUGAUGAACAUUUGACAACUGUACAAGCUGAUGGCUUGGUUAUUUCAACACCUACAGGGUCUACUGCUUAUUCCGUUUCAGCUGGUGGAUCCUUGGUACAUCCUGAAAUUUCUGCUUUAUUAAUGACACCUAUUUGUCCACAUACAUUAUCUUUUCGACCAAUGUUAUUGCCCGAUUCAAUGGAAUUAAAGAUAUACGUUCCGUUCAAUAGUCGUAAUACUUCUUGGGCUAGUUUUGAUGGUAGAAAUAGAGUUGAGUUAAAGCAAGGAGAUUACAUAAAAGUUACACCAUCAAAAUUUCCAUUCCCUACCGUAUGUUUAAAAUCUCAAUCACAAGAUUGGUUUACCUCAAUAUCAAGAUGUUUAAAAUGGAAUGAACGUGAACUUCAAAAGGGCUUUGUUGUAGUUGAAGAAGAAGAAACAUCAUCAGAUGAAGAUGAAAAGGAUAAUAAUAAAGUUAAAUUUUAUGACCGAGAACAAUUUAAAGAAUCAUUUAAUAAUAGUAACAACGACAAUCAAAUCAACAUCAUCAACGAUGAUAAAAACAACGAUAAUGAUUUUAUUUUUUCAAUGAAUGAUAAUGAUAAUGAACCAACAAAAAUCGAUAAAAAUAACGAAAAAAAUUAUUAUUCAUCAUCCACGACAACAAUUGUACUCGCCAACAAUUCAACUAAUAUUAAUAAUGAGGAAGAGUGGAAAGUUGUUACUCGUGGUAGAAAUGGUAGAAAUGGCAGAAAUAAGAAAAAAAUGAUAUAA